CUCCUUCUCUCCACCCUACAACCGCCGCCUCUACCCCUGCAGCAGCCGCCGCCUCCCUGCUCUCCCUCCUUGUGCAUGUCGUCGCCCUCCCGCUCGCAUGCACGAGCGCGCACUCCCACGCGGGCCCGUGACUGAGGGCUGCCGCGCUGUCGCCGCCAGGACCCGUACACCGUCCCAGUGCAUGCCGCCGCCACCUUUCCUCCCCCUGCACGCCUCCUCCUUCCACAGCCGCCGCCUUCCUCCCUGCUUGCGCUGCUGCCAAGCCUCGCCGCCAGGCCGCUGCCCCUGGGCUCGGGGCGGAGCUCCUCGCGCUGCCAGGGCUAUGCGCCGCCGGUGGCCGCACCCCGCGCGCCCCUGUCCAGCGCGGGCUCACGCCGGUGGCCGUCGCGCCAUGGCCGCCGGGCCUUGGCCUCCGCGCCGCUGGGCCUUGACCCAAGCCACGCCGCUGCCCUCUGGCCGUCGUGCCCAUCCUGCCGAGGCCGUCGUCGCCCUACGCAGCAGAGAAGAAGCGCAGCAGAGAGGAAGAAGAAGGGGAAGGGAAGGAAGAGGAGGAGCCGCCGUCCAGGGAGCGCCUCCGCAGCCCCUGGAUCUCACCGCGAAGGAGGACCAGCGCCGCCGAAGCGUUGUGGAGGAGGACGCCCGCCACCGGAACCCGACGUCCUGGAAGAGAGGAAGCCGAGGAGGAGCACCGGCCGCUGCAUCCGGGGUCGACCACGAGGACACCGACGCCGACGCCCACUGCCAUCAUAACCGCUUCAUCGGCCCUGCGCCCGUACGACAACCUCGCCGUGGCUGCGCGGCACUGCACGGCAGCAGCUCGCCACGGCCUCGCCUCACCCCUGCAGCACCUGUUUCUCCCUCGCGUUCCACCGGUCCUGAAGAGAAGGAGUUGAUCGGAUCCAGAAGGACUACCCCGACUCCCGUCGAAUCCAGAAGGACGUACCGGACAACCAGAAGAUGUCAGAGACCGAGGAAGGUUACGAAGACCUAUCAGCCUGAUAGAUGCAGGAUCCGAGUAAAGGAGUCGACAGGACGAUAAAGGAAGACGAUGUGAAGGAUGGUCCGAGCUACACUCCGAGCUGCCUGUGGAGAGGAUUCGUGAAAAUGGAGUUGCCCAGAAGACUAGAUACUGUUUCCGCUUUCUGUUUGUUUUCUUUUAGCCCAAGGGGCUUGUACUCUGAGAUUCGUAUUGCAAUCCUUUGGAUUAUAUAAUAAAUAAAUCCAUGUGAUGUUUUAAACGUGA